CGCUCCUCCUCUAGAUUCCCACACUUUCAAUUGAUUUGACUUAGUUAAUCUUAGAUAAACUGUGACUUCUUCUGGCGAUAAAUCCGGUGACGUACGGUUGGGCCCUGCCGAAUUUAGUGCUCUUUAAUGUUCAACUUUACAUUUACUUUACCGUCUGAUAACUACCUAGGAUUACUGAUUUACUUCUCAUUAAUUAGCUCGUUCAUUCAUAUAGUUUGUUCAUUAAAUAAUGCUUGUGCAUUUAAUUCUUAGUACUUUUUUACAAAUAGAACUUUAGAUAUAGAACUGUGUUAAUUUAGUUUCCGUGCUUUCUCACUAUCCCGUUGGGGUAGCCUAUAUGUAUUGCACCUUCUCCCGCAACGACACACAGCGUUUCCGGCAUAAAAAUGUUACUUAACUAAAAGGUUUUAUACCAUAUUUGUUAUUCAAAGGUCUGAUUGUGAUCAUAGUGAGUUAAGAUGAGUUCCCUGAACGCCUGCUGCUGCAUCAGCUACUCGACGCUGGGAAACUUGGUGGCUGCCCAACACGUCGCUCUCGGGAUCACUUUGGUUACUCUUGCGGCAGUGGAAAAUCUCACUACUUGCUAUUACGACUCUUACCAUCACUACUAUCACUGUUAUCAAUACCAGAACUGGGCAAAUUGGACCGUGGGUUCUGGGGGAGUUCUCUGCGUCUUAGUGGCCAUACUUCUCGCAUUUGCCAUCAGAAAAAAGGCGUACUACUUCUCGAUUCGAGCGUUCGUCGGCAUCACGAUACUGGUGGCGGUGGGCUACAUUGUGACCGCAUCCAUUUUAGUCUCUGAGAAUGCAGGAGUGUCUAUUUUCCUCUAUUGCAUAUCAGUUUGGCUCUUCAUCAUGACUGGGAUUGUGGCCAAGUAUGGACAGUUGAUGAUUGCCGUUCCAAGAGCGGCUGACCCCGCCUUCGCUGUAAUGACAAACUCAGCGCCGACUUCUCAGAUCCACGUUCAUCCACAACAACAAACAAACAUCAUCAACCAGACCCACAACCCGAACUACACACCACCUGCUCAACCUGGCGGCUACAACAACCAAGCUGCCUUCCCGCCUGGUUCUGGUGGUGCAUAUCCCCCACCCAGCACUAUUGCAUAUCCUCCGAACAGUCCAAGUGCAUAUCCCCAACCCACCCUCACUGGAUAUCCUUAUCUAAAUGCUAAUGUGUAUCCCCCUCCAAACUUUGUUGGAUAUCCCCCUCAAAACCCUGCUGUAUAUCCCCAGAACGCUAUCCCGUAUCCUGCUGCCCCAUAUCCAAGUGGCUAUCCUGCCACCAGUUCCAGCCCGUACCCACCAGCGGGGCUAAGCCUUGCCGCUCCUGCCUUGCAGACCUACAACGGUGCCUGGGGCCCGCCAGCCAGCGCUCCUGCCAUGUGAAAGACACCUUCAUCCUGAGACGAUGAAGCGGAGCUAUUUAUUUCCGUUGUAAUUGUGAUGCAUUUAAUACAGUUACUGUAGCAAAUGUCAGCCUGGCUCCAACCAUUCAUUAGCGCUGCGAUGUAUAUGAUUGAUUGAAUGCAAUGUUUGCAUUUAAUUUGCGUUUUCUUAAUUUGAUACAAUCAAAUGUAAUCAAAUCAAAUAUCUUCUCAGGUUUGCAUGAUUCAUUGUCGUAAAUUAUUUUUUUUGCUAAUUACAUCCGCAUUGAUUAGUGAUAGUUGAAAUUUUGUAUCACAUUGUUCCUAAUUAUAUAUUCAAAAUAUUUUAGGACCAGAAAGUCUUUCAUGAUUGAUAACGUUAUAAAAUUAUAUAUACAUAGCACUAAUACUAUGUGCCUAGUUGAAAUUAGAGUAAUGUGCCUAGUUGAAGGAAGAAAAUCGACCUAUGGAAAACAAAAUGUUUUACAAUAAAGAUUUACCAAUUCUAAUUCCCAUGUUUUCUCUGCUCUUGUUAGGAACAAUAUUAUUUGGACCGUUAAAAACCCGAAAUAUAUUUCAAUCCAGCCAUUA